AUGCAGGUGUUUCAUGCGUACGUGCUCUACAUUGUUCUGUACUCCUUGUUUAACUCCUCAGAAGAGGCAGUCAUUUUUGGCUAUGUAAACACAGCACGCCUCUAUGCCUGGGAGAUAUUCAUUGUGAAUAAGUGCGGUUUUAUUCUUCCCUACAUUGUAUCGCACCUGCACGGGCAUAAGGUGCACAUUCGGGGCAUAUUCCAUACAAUAACAGAGAUACUCAUGUACUUUGUGUUCACAUCCAUCAUAGGAUGGAUCAAGGACGCACGCAUAUUCCUGGGCGACAACAAGCUGCCCAUCAACCCGUCUGGGCACACCUUCAUUCUUCUCAAUGGAAUGCACAUUCUUUUAAAUGUUAAUAGAAGCAUACCCAUUGUCAUAUUAAUAUAUGAAUACCACCGAGUUCUAAUACACACAGUAGAGUACUACCACACGUUCAUAGAUAUAUUUAUAGGCGUAGCAAUGCACUAUGCAUACAGAUACAUUCUCAGUUGCAUAUAA